UUCACACACAGCUUCAAACUAGUCGGCACACUUUCUGACAGGUAGGUAACGAACAGACUAGUACAGGAUUAGAUAGGAGGGUUUAGCUUCACUUAAUGUUUGGUUCUUUAGUUUGUAAACUGUGAUUGACUAGACACUUCAGUACAGUAGGUGGAGGCAUUCACCGACAACGUUUGUUUGAGGACCGCCAUAAUAUUAUACAAGAAGAAGAAGAAGAAACCAAACAAUGCAGUGCAACAAUGUGACAACUAUCCCCAAAGGGCUACUGCAGCUUCAGGGCAGUUUGAGUAGCAUGAUGGACAGCCUGUACUAUGACCCCAAGGUGGCAGAGCUGAUGAACACAUCAAUGGGGCAGUACCUCAAUGGCCACCCGUUCUUAGCCCUGGCUGUGUUAGUAUUUGGCGCCAUGGCCACUGUACCCAUUGGGCUUUUCCUGGCCUUUGCCACCGUUACAUUCAUUGGUGCCACUGUGGGUUUCAUUUUAUUGGAGGUGUUCCUGCUGUCCCUGGGAGGGGUCAGUCUGCUGUGUGUGCUCUCUGCUCUGGCCAUCCUCGCCAUCCUGGUCUCCUUGGUCCUCGGUGCCUGUUACAUUACCUCUUCCAAUGUGCUCAACUUCUACUACAGCCAGCGUGUCAGUAGGUACCGAGUCACUAGGUUGGCGCCUGCGACAAAUAUAACAGUCAUGGAACAAGAUAGUCUGACAGAGAAGAAGAUGAUGAUGAAGAAGCCUAAGGGAAGCCCAAGGUUUAAGAAGCUGCAGCGUCAGUGAUGGAGAUGGCCUUCUACAGACACAAUCAUAUACUGAUCACUGCACUGCAGUCCUCUCACUGGCAGAUAGGGGUUCCUCUAGACUCGAGAACUAGAGGAAAACCUCAGCUUGACUUUUCAUUAAAGGCCCAAUGCAGCUAUUUUUAUCUUAAUAUCAAACAAAAAUAGCUUCUUAGCAAAGAGCAAUUUCUCAAGCAAUACUUUUUUUGGUCUGAGUGGGGAAGGGAAAAUGGAAAACUAGCGGUUAUUGGCAGUCACGUUUGGAACUCUCUGCCACCAGGCAGGCCACAUUUUCAGCCCACCAAAACAGGCUGAAAUUUCAGGAGGUCUUUUCAAAAAGCUCAGUAUUAUUCCAACCUCAGUGUGGAAAUAUUUAUAAAACACAGAAAAAUCACAUCUUUGACUGCCCUGGACCUUUAACUAGAAAAAUCUAUUAUCCAAACAGUCCAAUGGAAUCAUCACCAUUUGAUACAAGUAUUAAUAUUUCUUUAUAUGAUUCUGGAGGUUGUAUGAUUUCACCUGACUGAAUGUAGACAAGUUGAUUGUUGAUUUGUUCUUUUAUUGCACUAUAGCAUUUGCACUAAUAUCUCAAUUUUCUUGAUCUUUCUAAGGGUUAAGAGAACAAAGAUGAUAAACACAGUUGAAAUUCAAGCUGCUAUCGGUUGCUAGUCUGCAUGUCAGAAGUUACAUGCAAUGAAUGUACCUUGGUUUUUAUUUGUCCUCAUCAUUUGCAAUGGAGGGGAUUUAGCACCUGUAAUGGUAGAAAUGAUUUGUUGUUACACAAAGCCCAUUUAAAACAUAACAAAUGACCAGGUAGCAGUGCAAAUAAUAUACCUGACUGUUACAUUGUAUUUGAGAAUAAUCAGCUUUGUUUUUUAAACAAUGUGUGCAGUAUGCUAUAAUCCAUAUUGUACAUUUGCCAAAUAUUUUAUUAAAUGUGUUCCUCUAGUUUUGAUCCACAGAGGAUUAAUAACAGGUCAGUCUUUUGAUUAAGUUUAAAAUCUGUGGUCCAUUUGAACAGUGGGAGCUAGUUUCUGUGACUAAGGUCAUGUCAGUUUGUGUAAACCAGAAACACUCCAGAUAUACAGAAUGUAAAGUAUGCACUAACAGAGAUGAUAGUGACUAAUGAUUUUUAUCAAAAAUUAAAAAUCUGUGUUUUUAUAUCUGAAGAUUAAUGGCGAUAUGUUACUUUGAUGGAAUGUUACAAGUAAAUCACUUCAACUGCACUACUAAAUUGAUUUGCUCUUGAAAGCCAGUGUCUCAAUAUUGUGUAUUUGUAAGACAUUUUCUAAUACAUUUACCAAAGUGUG